AUGCCGGGCCACAUCGAUUUUGGAGUCCACGAUGUCGAGCUGCUGUCCCGCUUCACGCGAUCCAUUUCUUUGAAGACUCCAAUUGCAUCCAGCCCUAUGGACACCGUCACGGAAUCGGCAAUGGCCAUCGCAAUGGCUUUGGAGGGGGGAAUUGGGAUCAUCCAUUCCAAAAUGUCCAUAGAACGACAAGCUGCAGAAGUCAGGAGUGUCAAAAGAUACGAGCAGGGCUUCAUCAGCAAUCCAGCAUGUAUCUCUGCAAAGAUGACCUGUGGUGAGCUCAUAAAGCUACAAGAGAAGUGUGGCUUUUCUGGCUUUCCUGUCACAGAUAUCAUGACAAAGGCGGCAGACCUGAUCACAGCCAAAGAGGGCAUCGCAUUGAGGGAAGCCAAUCAGAUCUUGAGCAACUCCAAAAAGGGCAAGCUUCCGAUCGUCAACCCUGCAGGUGAAAUCGUGGGCUUGCUGGCUCGAAAGGAUCUCAUUAAGAACCAAGACUUCCCCUGUGCGUCACAGGAUCAAAACAAGAAUUUGCUGGCGGCGGCUGCUGUUAGCGUUUUGGCGGAUGACCGGAAAGAGCGUGUCAAAGCCUUGGUUGAAGCUGGCACGGAUGCUAUUGUAUUCGACAAUAGGCAGGGGGACAAUGAAGACCAGCUGGAAAUCAUCCGCUGGACAAAAAGCGAGUUCCCGAAGAUGCAGGUCAUUGGAGGAAAUGUAGUUACGCGAAGACAGGCAAAGAACCUGCUUGACGCUGGAGUUGAUGCCUUGCGUGUUGGCAUGGGUAUCAGCUCAGUUUCCACGGCUCACAAGGAUCGUGGAUGCGGCCGAGCGCAGGCCAGUGCAGUGUACAACGUAGCAAAGAUAGCCCGUGUUUAUGGCGUUCCAGUCAUUGCUGAUGGCGGAAUCAGCAGCCCGGGGCACAUUGUGAAGGCAUUGUGCUUGGGUGCUGAGGCUGUUAUGUGUGGCAGCUUGCUAGCUGGGACAGAGGAAUCACCGGGAGAGUACUUUUAUGCUGAUUCUGGCACUCGCUUGAAGGCCUAUAGCGGCAUUGCUUCUUCUGGUGUUCGCGGUGCCGUACAAGACAAGGGCUCUCUACACAAGUACAUGCCCUACUUGAACCAGUCUGUCCGGCACGGCAUGCAAGAUAUUGGUGCAAAAUCUGUGCCGGACUUGAUAGACAGGGCCUUAGGAAGUCCAGAUUGUGUGCUCAACUGGCAGUUGAAUUGGACUUUUUCGGCCAUGGGCAAAACUGAUACCCAAGCAAGACCUAUAUUUAAAUAA